AUGCCUUCUAACCACCUUGGAAGUGGGGGAUCUAGUGACUUAAGCUUCCUUUGCUCAUUAACCAAUAUCACUAGCUUAACCGUUUUGAGCAUUAGGCAAAACAAACUCGGUGGGCUGUUCCCAGGAUGCAUUGGCAAUUUCUCCAUAACUAUCAAAAUAUUGGAAUUAGCCGUUAAUCCUAUUAUUGGUGAGAUUCCUAAAGCAAUCGGCAAUCUUGCGAACUUGGAAUCCUUGGGGAUUUUCAACACUAUUAUUUCGGGUGCUAUCCCGUUUGAAUUGGGAAAUCUUCCGAAUCUAACAAUCCUGGAACUCUCCAAUAACAAUCUAUCAGGGCUGAUUCCAUCCUCUUUGCAGAAGAUGAAGAAAUUAAUUCGUUUGCAUCUUCAAGGGAAUAACUUUCAUGGGUACAUUCCUUCACAUCUAGAUAAGUGUCAAAAUCUGAUGGAUCUUGAUCUUUCUAACAACAAUCUCAGCGGUUCCAUAUUCCCAGUAAUUAAUACUCUAGUCAAUUUGGUCUUGUCUCACAACCAUUUGAAUGGGGCUCUUCCAGCGGAACUAGGAAAAAUGGAACAUUUAGUUACUUUGGACAUUUCAGGCAACAUGUUCCGUGGUAAGAUUCCGAGCACUCUAGGUGAUUGUGUUGGACUGUUCGCAUUAAGAAUGAGGGAUAACCAGUUCCAAGGAUCCAUUCCUCAAUCAUUUAGAUCAUUAAGAAGCAUUGAGGAAUUUGAUCUUUCCAAUAACAAUCUGUCGGGUGAGAUUCCGAAAUUCUUGGUGGCAUUUCUCUUCUUGGAAAUUCUGAAUUUAUCCUAUAACAAUUUUGAAGGCAUAUUACCAACUAAAGGAGUCUUCGAGAAUGCGAGUGCCACUUUUAUUGCUGGAAACAACAAGAUUUGUGGAGGAAUCCCCAAAUUUCGGCUCCCUAAAUGCAUCUCUAGACACUCCAAGAGCAAAGGAGAAGUUCAUAAAUUGAAACUCACGCUCUUUAUUAUCUUUGGGCUUCUAGGGGUGGUUCUUGUUCUGAUUUUUGUGACUGAGAAUGGGACUAAUGUGGCUGUGAAGGUGUUUAAUUUAAUGCGUCAUGGUGCUUUGAAGAGCUUCAAAGCCGAGUGUGAGGCUCUAAACCAAGAUUGUCUUGAAUCCACAUCUUACACAAACAUAAAUAUGAGCUCUGCUGAUUUGAGAGGAACAAUUGGUUAUGCUGCUCCAGAAUAUGGAAUGGGAAGUGGGGUUUCUAUUGAAGGGGAUUUCUAUAGUUAUGGCAUCCUCUUGCUAGAGAUGUUCACAGGAAUCGGUCCCGCGGUUGAGAUAUUCAAAGAAAAUUCAAACCUUCAUAAUUUUGUUGAGGAAGCUUUGCUUGAACGAGUUCUAGAGAUUACCGAUCCCAUUCUAGUUCAAGAAGUAGAAAGCGAUGCAGGCCAAAGGAGAAAGAGCACAGUCCAGGAUUGUCUGCUGAAGAUAUACAGAAUUGGGAUCGCCUGCUCAGUUGGAGUCCCAAGAGAGAGAAUGAGCAUCGCAAAUGUAGCAGUUCAACUAUGUUCGAUUAGGAACGGACUUUAUGCAGCUGGUUUAUGA